AUGACCACCAUGUCGCUUGAUUCAUCGGCCAGUUCGCUUGAUGAGGUUGCAGGCACACCGCAAGGCGGAGGCGAUGAGACGGGUCUCCAGUGUUCUAUCGACCAGCUGCUUGGGCGGCUGGCGCAGGAGCAAGCGCGACGAAAGCAACUGGAAGAUGAGCUUCAGGCCCUGCGCAGGAGUCAAAAGCAAAUCACCACCGAAUCGCUGGAUCCAAUAGGUGCGAAGCGGGAGGAGCUCCUUCAACUAACACGUGAGCGGGAUGAGCUGCGGGACUGGCUGCAACGCGGCGUGAGUGAGUGCCGUCGCGUUGCAGACGAGGCGUUGCAGCUGAAAAGCGAUCUUGACGAGAAGACGCAGCGCUGCAAGUUGCUUGAAACUGCAAAGGAGGAGUUGCAGGAAAAAAUUGACAUGGUGCAGCUGCAGUUAGCGGACUCACAGUCGCAGCUUGAAAAACUGAAGCAGAAGGAGCGCUUGCUAGAGGCGUGCGCGGGGGAACACGCCCUCUCUGAGCAAAAACUAUGGAACUUAAUGAACAGAGGCAAAAACAGUAUGAAGCACUUGUAG